AUGGGAGCAGGGCCAGCGGCCGCUCAGUGUUGGGCUGGGGGUCAGGGAUGCGUGCGGGGCGGAAACGCAGAGCUGCCGGCUGCGGGCGGCAGGGAGCACUGCUGGCCGCUAGAGGGCGCCGGCGGCCGCCCCGGGAAGCUGCUCGGAGCAGCCGGAUCCCGGGGGGCGGCGGGAACGCCCUGCUCCCAGCAGUGUGAUCCUCCCCGCACACCGCCCCGCCCCGGCUUCCCACCAGCCCUCGCGCUCUGGGCCACUCUGGCCGACCCGGCCCGGCCCCUCCUGAGGUCGCAGUAG